CAGUGAAAAUGGGGCGUGGCGAAUGAAUACUUCCUCUUCCACAACGACUCUCUUCCCUCAUCGCAAACUGACGGUCGUCGGGGUACAUUCCGUCCGCAGCAACAGCGAAACUCAUUUGAAUACAUACCGAAAAGGAGGCGAGAUGUUUUACACGUGUGGACCCAAUGAAGCCAUGGUGGUGUCUGGCUGCGGCCGGUCUCCACCUCUGAUGAUUGCUGGAGGAAGAGUGUUUGUCCUCCCGUGCAUUCAGCAGAUCCAGCGAAUCACACUCAACACCCUGACUCUGAAUGUGAAGAGCGAUAAAGUCUACACCCGUCACGGCGUCCCCAUCUCUGUCACUGGCAUCGCACAGGUGAAGAUUCAGGGUCAGAACAAGGAGAUGUUGGCCACAGCCUGCCAGAUGUUCAUGGGAAAGUCUGAGUCUGAGGUCGCUCAGAUUGCUCUGGAGACACUAGAGGGCCACCAGAGAGCCAUCAUUGCUCAUUUGACUGUCGAGGAGAUAUACCAGGAUCGUAAGAAGUUCUCUGAGCAGGUCUUCAAAGUGGCCUCCUCUGACCUGGUCAACAUGGGGAUCGGCGUUGUCAGCUACACCCUCAAAGACGUCCACGACGAUCAGGAUUACCUUCACUCUCUGGGAAAAGCACGAACAGCCCAGGUCCAGAAAGAUGCGAGGAUCGGAGAGGCUCAGUACAAACGUGAUGCUGUUAUCAGGGAGGCCCAUGCAAUGCAAGAGAAGGUGUCCGCUCAGUACAAGAACGAGAUUGAAAUGGCAAAAGCCCAGAGAGACUACGAGCUGAAGAAGGCGGCCUACGACAUCGAGGUCAACUCCAAGAAGGCCGAGUCGGAGAUGGCCUACCAGCUGCAGGUGGCCAAGACCAAGCAGCGCAUUGAGGAGGAGAAGAUGCAGGUCCAGGUGGUGGAGCGUACGCAGCAGAUCACCCUGCAGGACCAGGAGAUCACCCGCAAAGAGAAGGAGCUGGAGGCUAAAGUUAAGAAGCCCGCGGAAGCUGAGAGAUACCGAAUGGAGAAGAUAGCGGAGGCGUAUCGUCUGCAGCUCAUCAUGGAGGCUGAGGCUGAGGCAGAGUCCAUUAAGAUAAAGGGCGAGGCUGAGGCUUUCGCUCUGGAGGCUAAAGGCCGCGCCGAGGCCGAGCAGAUGGCCAAAAAGGCUGACGCCUUUAAGCAGUACAAAGACGGAGCAAUGGUGGAUAUGCUGCUGGAGAAACUUCCUCUGAUGGCUGAGGAGAUCAGCAAGCCUAUGUCGAAGGCCCAGAAGAUCACAAUGGUGUCCAGCGGCGGCUCAGAGGUGGGACCAGCUAAACUUGCCGGAGAAGUGUUGGAAAUCAUGACCCGGCUGCCGGAAGCUUUGGAGAAACUCACCGGAGUUGAAAUUUCACAGGUUACUGGGAAGACGUCCCGCGUGCGUUAAGGAGGAGGUGUGAAGCUCCUGAUCUAAACUUUGUGAAGCUCUCUGAUGAUCACUCUACUCGUGUCGAAUCAGCAUAGUCAUUUUUUUUUUGUCUCACUGUGUGUCUGUGCAUGUCUUUCCAGCUUUGUUGCUUCUGUCCGUGUCCCGGAUCGCUGCGGGUCACAGCCACACAGCCCUCUAUAGCUCAUAGUUCAACAUUAUCAGAACUGCCAUCUUUUAUACCUGAUCUUCAAUAUGCACCUGUUUGUGUUGUGAUUGUCUUGGUAUGUCCUGCAAAGGGACUGGGCCACUAAACUGUUAUUUUUCUGGUUAUAAUUCAGAGCAUGCUGUGCCUUUUUAAUUACAAAAUGCAAAGUGCUUUAGGAAGUUCAGGGAGCCACACCUGCUGCUACCACCAAAAGGAUUGUCCUAUCUCUUGAGAAUAUGCUGUGCCCUUAUUAAAAGCUCAAGUGUGAAGGUUUGGAGUCAGAACUCAUGGCUUAAAUUCAGCAAAACCUUCCCAACUUUUCAUUUAUUUAGUAUACAUUUUUAUUUAAUAUCGUAAUAAUUGCUUUAUUUUCAAAGGCAGUAGUGGAAGUCCUCUUCCACAGAGCUCUCUGUUCCUCCUGCCAUCUUAGAUUGGUCCUGAGUAUUUGUCAUGCAGAGUUUGUAUUUUAAGUUUUUAGGAUGUCAAUCAUCUUAAACUGACAUUGUUAAACACAGCUAACCUCGUUGUCCACUGGUAACAUUUACCGUCACCAAGUAUCAGUUUGUGCUGCAUGUGGAGGGAUUUCUGUCUCAAAGUGUCGUUAAAGGAGGUGUUUGAUGGAAACAAGUUCUGGGGUUUUCCUGUUCGAUGCAUUGCAAGUGUCUGGUUGUUGGAGCAAAGCAGCGCGGUCUCUUUGAUGGUCUAGUUCUGGGGUUUCUUUAUGCUGUAGAGACAGAACCAGUACCAAUGUGACAAAUCAUACCCUGACUCCAGUAUGUUUCUAUAGCCUGGAGUUUAAAUUAGACAUAGGACGUUUUUUCAAUAUCGAUUGUACCGAUCCUUUGAAAUCAUGCAGAAUAUUUCAGAUUUUAGCUGAGACCAGUUCUUAUAUUACUGUAGUUGUAAUUUUUUAUUAUGUAUACUACCAACCAGGUGCUUCUGUAUCAGAUUUUAUAUAUUUUCUUUUCCAGACUAACUGGCCAGAGGUUUGCAUCAGCAAGCCUUAUGCCUUUAUUCUUGUUACCUCCAAGUGCCUGGUCGUGCUUCUUACCUCUUUAAUUGGGCUUUUUUCUGCUUUUAGUGAAUGUCUACCUAAUCACAGGCAAUUAGCCAUCACUAUUGAACAGGACAGCUGUAAGCCUUGAAAAUGUUUGUUGCAUGGCUAUUUUAGACUGACAUAAUAAUAGUAAAUUCUAUAUAGUGUGAAACAGAACUGUUUGUAAAACUGCCUGUAUUUGAAUGAAAUAUACAAAAGGUAUGUGUAGUAAACUUUUAAUAAAACACUUAAUUCACCAAAAA